UUUAACCUGGCUUUGUAAGAAAGAAAGAGAGAAAGAGAUACAGCGCAGAAAACUGCAAGAAAACGCACUCUACCAAACUCCACUACUAUAUAUAUAUAUAUAGUAGAGAGAGAAAGAGCUUUGCAUAGGUUAGGUAAGCAGACGAGUACAAUACUAUCAAGUGAGUGAAGCGAUGGAUUCAGAUUACGGUGUAGCUAGAGAGCUUUCCGAUUUGCAGAAGCUUCGAUCUACCUACAAGGCUGAGCUUCCUCCAUGUCUACAGGGAAAGACUGUGAGGGUAGAACUUGGUGAUGGAACUACUGCAGCAGACCACUCCGGUGCCCAUACCAUAAGCCGUUUAUUUCCACACACAUAUGGUCAGCCUUUGGCUCACUUUAUAAGGGCAACUGCACAAGUUCCGGAUGCUCGGAUAAUUUCGGAACAUCCAGCAAUUAAGGUAGGAGUUGUCUUCUGUGGUAGGCAAUCUCCUGGAGGACAUAAUGUUAUAUGGGGUCUUUAUGAUGCUCUGAAAACUCACAAUUCCAAGAACAUUUUACUUGGUUUUCUUGGUGGUUCUGAAGGUUUGUUUGCACAGAAAACCCUUGAGAUCACAGAUGCUAUUCUUGAAACCUACAAGAAUCAAGGUGGAUAUGAUUUGUUGGGUCGGACAAAAGAUCAGAUAAGAACUACUGAGCAAGUUAAUGCUGCGCUGAAGGCAUGUACGACUUUGGAAUUGGAUGGCCUUGUUAUCGUUGGAGGAGUAACAUCAAAUACCGAUGCUGCCCAGCUCGCAGAAACAUUUGCAGAGGCAAAAUGCUCCACGAAGGUGGUUGGUGUCCCUGUUACUUUAAAUGGAGACCUCAAGAACCAGUUUGUUGAGACAAAUGUUGGUUACGAUACAAUAUGCAAGGUAAACUCCCAGCUCAUCAGCAAUGUCUGCACUGAUGCAUUAUCUGCAGAGAAGUACUAUUACUUCAUCCGACUUAUGGGUCGUAAAGCAUCGCAUGUUGCACUUGAAUGUACUUUGCAAUCACACCCCAAUAUGGUUAUUCUCGGCGAGGAGGUUGCUGCAUCAAAGCUUACUCUGUUUGACCUGACAACACAAAUUUGUGACGCGGUGCAAGCUAGGGCCGAAGAAGAUAAGUACCAUGGGGUCAUUCUGCUUCCUGAAGGACUUAUUGAAAGCAUUCCUGAAGUGUAUGCUCUCCUACAGGAAAUACACGGUUUGCUGAGGCAAGGGGUAUCUGAAAAUAAAAUUUCUUCUCAAUUAUCGCCUUGGGCAUCCGCAUUGUUUGAGUUUAUGCCCCCUUUUAUUAGAAAGCAGCUGCUUCUUUUCCCAGAAUCAGAUAAUUCUGCUCAGUUGUCCCAGAUAGAAACAGAGAAGCUUUUGGCACAUCUUGUGGAAGUAGAGAUGAACAAGAGAUCGAAAGAAGGUAGUUACCAGGGAAAGAAAUUCAACGCAAUCUGUCAUUUCUUUGGUUAUCAAGCUCGCGGAUCUCUUCCAUCAAAAUUCGACUGUGAUUACGCAUAUGUUCUUGGACAUAUCUGCUAUCAUAUUCUUGCUGCUGGUCUUAAUGGGUACAUGGCUACAGUCACCAAUCUGAAAAAUCCCGUUAACAAGUGGCGCUGUGGAGCCGCACCAAUAACUGCGAUGAUGACUGUAAAGCACUAUGGGCGUGGUCCUGGUGCUUCGACUAUUGCCAAACCUGCAUUGCAUCCUGCUACUGUUGAUCUGAAAGGCAAAGCAUACGAUUUGCUGAGACAGAAUGCUACGAAAUUUUUGAUGGAUGAUGUGUACAGAAACCCUGGGCCCCUACAAUAUGAUGGUCCUGGUGCCGAUGCUAAGCCUGUAACCCUUUGUGUAGAAGACCAAGAUUACAUGGGUCGUAUCAAGAAACUUCAGGAAUAUAUCGAGAAGGUGAGGACUAUAGUAAAACCAGGAUGCUCCCAAGAUGUUCUAAAAGCAGCCUUAAGCUCAAUGUCUUCUGUUACAGAUAUCCUUUCCAUCAUGGCCUCACCUGCAAACAAUGUCCAGGCACCCUUUUGAAACUGUUUUGUUUAAUCUUCCCUUCACAACAUUGGAAACUGUAUCUGCGUUUGGUACUUUAUUAGACUUAAUUUUCCUUACGGGCCUGGCGGUUUCUGCUGGGAUAUCUCGAAAUUGUUUUUGAGAAGAAAAAUAUUAUGAUUGUCGGGAAAUUUGAAUAUGAAGAAUGUUGAUGUUUUUUUACCCCUUAA